ACUGUUUUUUUUUGUUUUUUUCGUUUUUUUUCCAACAGUCGCAUUUCACAAUUACCACAGUGAUAAAAAUAUACUUCGCUUUUCAUCGAAGAACAUAUAUUAUAAUCAAAAGUUCUCUGCUUUCAUAGUCACAUCGGUUUCUUUAUAAUACAAAAGAAAAAUCACCAGUCGAAUUUUAUACUCCAUCAUGGAGGCCGCGAAUAAAGAUAGUGUUAAGGAGGAUUCGGUUACCACAAAGCCAGAUUCGUUAAAUGUUAUGUGUUCAAUUUGUUACGAUUUUUAUAAAAACACGGAUCAUAUCUUUUCCACAACCUGUGGUCAUAUAUUUCACAAGAAAUGUUUAUUAAUGGCAUUUAAAAAUUCAAAUACCUGUCCUGAAUGUCGUCGUCCAUCUGGAAAGAACAGAGUGCAUCCCAUAUUCCUCAAUUUUGGUGAAUGUAGCGAAAUGGAUAUAAAAUGGAUGGAAUCUAGUGCUGUUGAUGCCUAUGCAAAUAUGCCUAUUUGGACACCAUUAUACCAAUUAGAAUGGGGUGGUUCGGCCCCACUGGCUCCACCAGAGCCAGAUGAAGCCAUACAAGCAGGAACAGACACCGAAGGCAAUCCAACAUAUGUGGCUCGUGUUUAUUUCCAAGAUGACCUUCUGCCAGCCGGAUAUGUACCAGCUAAAGGAGUUGCAUAUGCGUCCUACGGUUGUAAUGGUUAUACACUUAGUGAAAAUAUCGAAUUAUUGAAUAAUUUUACACACAAAUGGGUAGCUGAUACAAUGGGACAUGUACCGGAAGGAGCUGUAGUGGGUGGAUAUUCUGAGCUUGGUGAGGAUUUGUAUGUAGCACGAGCACAAUAUAAUGACAAAACGCUGCUGGGCAAGGUACACCCUUCUCACAGGGUAAUGUAUAUGCCAUACGAUGGAAUUGAAGUACAUUCAGAUGAAUAUGAAGUAUUGGUGCAAGAAAAGGUCACUGCACAAGGUAGUGGCGAAAGAAAUAAUGAAUCAUAAAUAGAAAUCAGUAAAUGUUCAACCAAGCACUUGUCUUUGCAUCAUAUACACAUUUAUAUUAUUAUCAUUAUAUUUUUAUUAUAAUUAACCAGUGAUCCGGCGGAACAAAUUCAAAAAGUACCUAUACUCGCCUAAACAAUUUGUUUAACAAAUAUAAAAGUCAUAAAUGAUAUUAUAAAGUAAUACUAAUACUGAAUCUUUCAAAAUGUACUUAUUGUAUUACAUCUUCUUGUUUAUUAAACAUUAUGUAAAUAUACUAUUUUUUAUUAAAUAUAUAUUAUAAGCCACCACUUUCGAA